AUGUCUUCCCGCUCUGGAACUACUCUGUAUGUUACCGGGUUUGGCCAUGGCACCCGUGCUCGCGAUCUUGCCUACGAAUUCGAACGUUAUGGGCGUCUUGUUCGCUGUGAUAUCCCUGCCCCGCGCACUCCCUCCAGCCGACUUUUUGCCUUCGUUGAAUACGAGAGUCGCCGCGAUGCUGAUGAUGCUUAUCAUGAGAUGCACAACAAGCGUAUCGGUCGCGAUGAUUUGCUGAAGAUUGAGUGGGCACGCACUCCUCCCUCUGCUUCCUGGCGCUUUGACUCUGGCUCUGGCCGUGACGCUCCACGUGAUGCUGGCCGUGAUCGUCGCCGUGAUCGCACUCCUCCUCGUCGUGACGAUCGGUACGAACGCGACGCCGACCGCGACUACGACCGCCGCGACCGUGAUACUGACCGCCGUGACCGUGACCACGAUCGACGUGACCGCGACCGUUCUCGCGACCGCUCUCGUAGCCCCGAUGACCGUGAACGCGAUGGCAAGGAUGACCGGGAGAGACGUGAUGAUGAUCGGGAGCGUCGUGAGGAGGAUCGUGAGAACGGCCCCAACGGUGAGGACAGGAAAGUACCCCUGGACCCAAUGCCCUCUGCUCAUGAUGAGCUUGAUACUGCUGAGUAG